AGGGCCCCGCGCACGCGGCAGUGGCAGCCGUAGAUCGUCCGUGGAGAGCGGCUGAGGAGGCGCCUGAGGAGGCGGCUGAGAGGGGUCCCGGCCAUGGCAGUGCAGGACCCUCGGCCCAACCACACCAUCUACAUCAACAACCUGAAUGAGAAGAUCAAGAAGGAUGAGCUGAAGAAGUCCCUCUACGCCAUUUUCUCGCAGUUUGGGCAGAUUUUGGACAUUUUGGUGUCGCGCAGUCUCCGGAUGCGGGGCCAGGCCUUUGUCAUCUUCAAGGAGAUGAGCAGCGCCACCAACGCCCUGCGCUCCAUGCAGGGCUUCCCCUUCUACGACAAACCCAUGCGGAUCCAGUACGCCAAGACGGACUCGGACAUCAUCGCCAAGAUGAAGGGAACGUUCGUGGAGCGGGAGCGGGAUCGGGACCGGGAGCGCAAACGGGACAAGCGCAAAGCCAAGGGAGGAGAGGCCCCCGGCCCCAAAAAGAGCGGGGCUGCAGCGCAGGGGGCAGCGCAAGGGGCAGUGCCCGGGAUGCCACCACUGGCGCAGCCGCCCCGGAUGCUGCCACACCUGGGGGGACAACCGCCCUACAUCCCCCCCCCGGGCAUGAUUCCAGCCCCAGGAAUGGCCCCGAAUCCAGGAAUUCCCCCGGGAAUGGCCCCACAACCUGGAAUGGCCCCAAUCCCUACCCCACAGCCCCUGUCAGAAAACCCCCCGAACCACAUCCUGUUCCUGACCAACCUCCCUGAGGAGACCAACGAGCUGAUGCUGUCCAUGCUCUUCAACCAGUUCCCAGGCUUCAAGGAGGUGCGCCUGGUGCCCGGGCGCCAUGACAUCGCCUUCGUGGAGUUUGACACCGAGGUGCAGGCAGGUGCUGCCCGGGAGGCCCUGCAGGGCUUCAAGAUCACCCAGAGCAACGCCAUGAAGAUCUCUUUCGCCAAAAAGUGACACAAAACACCCCAAACCCCACCAAAAUACCCCAACCCCCCCCCCCCAAAAAAAAAGGGCCCAAAAUACCCAUAAAAAGUGCCUCAAACCCGUCCCUAAAUACCCAAAACCUGCCCCAAAACACCCCAAAUCCCUCCUAACCACCCCAAAAUCCCAUAGAAACACCCUAAAAUCCCUCAAAACCACCCCAGAACACCCUAAAUCCCAUAAAACUGCCCCCAAAUCCCAGUAAAAUACUCCAAACAUCCCAGAAAACUGUUCCAAAAAUGGUCCUGGCCCUGCUCCAAACCCCCCAUGCUUCCCCACUCCCCCAGGUAAGUUCAGCUUGGCCCAAAUUCUCCUUUUCCCCAUCUGAAAUCCUCCUUUUUUCACCCCAAAUUAUGUUUUUUUUCCAGCUCAAAUCCUUUGUGGGUCCCCAGAUCCCCUUUUCCAUCCCAAUUCCCCACCCCAAAUCCUGUUUUUUUCACUCCAAAUCCUUUGUGCAUCCCAAAUCCCCUUUUUCCACUCCAAAUCCUCCCCUGCUCACCCUAAAUCCCUCUUUCCCACCCAAAAUCUCCUUUUUCAACCCCAAAUCUUCUUUUCCCACCACAAAUGCUCCCUGCCCACCCUAAAUCCUCUUUUUCCACCCAAAAUCUUUCCCCAUCCUGAAUCCCUCAAUUCCCACCCCAAUUCCCCCUUUUCUUCUUCCCACCCUAAAUCCCCCUUUCCCCACCCAAAAUACCUUUUUUUCCCCCAAUUCUCUUUUUUUUAUCUUAAAUCCUUUUUUUCCACCCCAAAUCCCCUUUUUUCCACCCAAAAUCCUCUUCCAUCCCAAUAUCCCCUUUUCCCACCACAAUCCUGACCCCCAAAUCCUCAAUCCCCACCCUAAAUCCCCUUUUCUCGCCCAAAUCUCCUUUUUUUCCAUCCCAAAUCCUUCUUUGUGCAUCCCAAAUCUUCCUUCUUUCACCCCAAAAUCUCCUUUUUUCGUCUUAAAUCCUAUUCUUUCCUCCCUAAAUCUCCUCACCCCAAAUCCUUCUUCUUUCACCCUAAAUCCCCUUCUUUCGCCCUGGAUCCCCACCCCAAAUCCACUUUCUCAGCCCCCCAGGGACUUUUGGGGUUCCUGAGGAGUUUUGGGGGUUAUUCCCAGCAUUGUACCCAGGGUCUCUCUGCAGACAUUGCACCUGGAGCUGCCCCCGUCCCGGAUAAACCCAAAUCCCCUUUUCCCACUCCUCCAGAUGGUUUUGUUGUUCCCAAGGGGUUUUUUUGGGGUCUUUCCCAGCAUUGUACCCAGAGUCUCUCUGCAGACAUUGCACCUGGAGCCUUCCCAAAUAAACCCCACUGUGCCCCCCA